UCUCUUGUUUUGGAGAUUUUUUUUUCUAACAUCAUAAUGGACAAAUUGCUAUGGAUUACAUGCCAGCAGCAAGAGUGAGAGAUGAAAAUAUGUUUUUUAGUAAACAGUUUUAAACAGAUGUGAGCAACUACAGUGACUAAAUUAGAUUUUUUUCAUAUUGAUAUUUUUUUAAAUAUUGUGUUGAUCAAAGUAUAUUACAAAACUAUGAUCUAUUCUCCUGUUCUGACACUUUGAAUUAUAAUUCUUUUACAUGCUGUAAUUUUUAAUAACUGAACAGAAUUUCUUCUUUUCUAAACCUGUGAUUUGUUCUUAUAAUAUGUGAGUUUCAACAGUGACAUGAAUGUGUUUGUGCAGCAUUAAAACACGUGAACUGCGCUUUGCACGCACCAUGAUAUUCGCCAUUGGUGAGAUAAACAACAGCACAGAGCUGCUGCCAGGCGUUACACUCGGUUACCAAAUCCAUGACUCGUGUGCUUCAGUGUCUAUUGCUGUGCAAAAAGCCCUUCAGCUCACAAAUGGCCAGGACCCGGAAUUUGACACCAGUCAGAACUGCUCAAACUCUGGCAUGGUUAUGGCUAUUAUUGGAGAGUCUGGGUCAACGCCAUCAAUCGCCAUGUCACGCGUCAUCGGGCCCUUUGAUAUUCCUCUGGUCAGUCACUUUGCCACUUGUGCGUGUUUGUCUGAUAAACCAUAUCCCAGCUUCUUCAGAACAAUCCCCAGUGACCAGUUCCAGGCUGAUGCACUGGUCAAACUGGUCAAACACUUCGGCUGGACUUGGAUAGGGGCUAUCCGAUCUGACUCAGACUAUGGGAAUAAUGGCAUGGCAUCAUUCCUGUAUGCAGCCCAGAAAGAAGGCAUCUGUGUGGAAUACUCUGAAUCUUUCUAUCGGACCCACCCACGAAGCAGAAUCCAGAGAGUGGCUGAAGUUAUCCGCAGGUCAACAUCUGUAGUUAUUGUGGCAUUUGUAGCCUCUGGAGAUAUGAGGAUCCUUUUGGAGGAGCUGUCACUCCAGCCUUUUCCUCCUCAACAGUGGAUCGGCAGCGAGUCCUGGGUCACAGAUGCAGACUUGUUGAAGUAUAACUUCUGUGCAGGAGCCCUUGGAUUUAGCAUUGAACAGUCUGUCAUCCCAGGGCUCAGAGACUUCUUACUGGAUCUCUCUCCUACUGUAGUGACUGCAUCCCCUGUACUUACUGAGUUCUGGGAGGAAGCGUUUAACUGCAGACUGGGGAAAAGUGUUUCGUUUGAUGCCAAUGGUGAUCCUGUGGCCACAUAUGAGCUGGUAAACUGGCAGAAGAGUAAAACUGGGAGGAAUGAGUUUGUGACAGUAGGAUUCUAUGAUGCAUCGCUGCCACUGGGCCAGGAGGUCCAUAUCAACAAGGACAUCAGAUGGAUGGAGGGAAGUACACAAGUGCCUGUGUCAGUGUGCAGUGAGAGCUGUCGUCCAGGAACUCGUAAAGUGCUGCAGAAAGGAAAACCUGUUUGUUGCUAUGACUGUAUACCAUGUCCUGAUGGAGAAAUAAGCAAUGUUACAGAUUCUCCUGAUUGUUUCCCUUGUCCCAGUGAGUUUUGGCCUAAUGCAAAUAGAGACUCUUGUCUCCCCAAGCCUGUGGAGUUUCUCUCCUUCAAUGAGGUCUUAGGAAUCAUCCUGGUCUCAUUCUCAGUUGCUGGAGCCUGUUUGGCCAUUAUGACAGCGGCUGUGUUCUUCCGUCACAGGACGACCCCCAUCGUCAGGGCCAAUAACUCUGAGCUGAGCUUCCUGCUGCUCUUUUCACUCACUCUGUGUUUCUUAUGUUCAAUAACUUUCAUCGGGACACCGUCUGAGUGGUCCUGUAUGCUGCGACACACAGCGUUUGGAAUCACCUUUGUGCUCUGCAUCUCAUGUGUCCUGGGAAAAACUAUCGUUGUCUUAAUGGCCUUUAAAGCUACACUUCCAGGCAGCAAUGUCAUGAAAUGCCCUCCUUUUCCAAUGAAGAAUCUGACCGCAUAUAAAGAGAGGAUCAUCUUAGAGUGUGCAUUAGGCUCUGCUAUAGGGUUCUGGGCUGUGCUCGGGUACGUAGGACUACUGGCUGUCUUCUGCUUCGUGUUAGCUGUCCUGGCACGGAAACUUCCUGAUAAUUUUAAUGAGGCCAAGUUUAUCACCUUCAGCAUGCUCAUAUUUUGUGCAGUGUGGAUCACAUUUAUCCCAGCAUCAGGGGAUGGACUUAAACAAAUGCCUGAGUUUACAAAGUCUCGUACUGACACAGUCAGCACUAAGGCUACAUCAGUGAAAUGUAAGCUCCAGGGUAAUACUCAUCUACCUGCAUUCUCCAUGGAUGGUGACUACAUUAUCGGGGGUGUUUUCUCCAUUUUCUCCUACAUGCACACAGAGGUGCAUGACUACACCAGCAUGCCUGAGCCACUGAGGUGCACAGGGAGCAUUAAAACACGUGAACUGCGCUUUGCACGCACCAUGAUAUUUGCCAUUGGUGAGAUAAACAACAGCACAGAGCUGCUGCCAGGCGUUACACUCGGUUACCAAAUCCAUGACUCGUGUGCUUCAGUGUCUAUUGCUGUGCAAAAAGCCCUUCAGCUCACAAAUGGCCAGGACCCGGAAUUUGACACCAGUCAGAACUGCUCAAACUCUGGCAUGGUUAUGGCUAUUAUUGGAGAGUCUGGGUCAACACCAUCAAUCGCCAUGUCACGCGUCAUUGGGCCCUUUGACGUUCCUCUGGUCAGUCACUUUGCCACUUGUGCGUGUUUGUCUGAUAAACAGCAAUAUCCCAGCUUCUUCAGAACAAUCCCCAGUGACCAGUUCCAGGCUGAUGCACUGGUCAAACUGGUCAAACACUUCGGCUGGACUUGGAUAGGGGCUAUCCGGUCUGACUCAGACUAUGGGAAUAAUGGCAUGGCAUCAUUCCUGUAUGCAGCCCAGAAAGAAGGCAUCUGUGUGGAAUACUCUGAAUCUUUCUAUCGAACCCACCCACGAAGCAGAAUCCAGAGAGUGGCUGAAGUUAUCCGGAGGUCAACAUCUGUAGUUAUUGUGGCAUUUGUAGCCUCUGGAGAUAUGAGGAUCCUUUUGGAGGAGCUGUCACUCCAGCCUUUUCCUCCUCACCAGUGGAUCGGCAGCGAGGCCUGGGUCACAGACACAGACUUGUUGAAGUAUAACUUCUGUGCAGGAGCCCUUGGAUUUAGUAUUGAACAGUCUGUCAUCCCAGGGCUCAGAGACUUCUUACUGGAUCUCUCUCCUACUGUAGUGGCUGCAUCCCCUGUACUUACUGAGUUCUGGGAGGAAGCGUUUAACUGCAGACUGGGAAAAGGUGAAGGCACAGAUGAGAGGGUGUGUGAUGGAACUGAAGACAUACACAAUCUCCAGAGCUCAUACACUGACACAUCUCAGCUCCGAAUCACUAACAUGGUGUAUAAGGCUGUGUAUGCAAUAGCACAUGCCAUUCACAAUGCAUUAUGUGUGGAAAGAAAUUCCACAAAUCAUUUUGACCAGUUUGCUAAGAUUCAGUCCACACAGGUUUUCACUCAGCUGAGGAAAGUUAAUUUCUCUCAGAAUGGUUAUAGUGUUUCGUUUGAUGCCAAUGGUGAUCCUGUGGCCACAUAUGAGCUGGUAAACUGGCAGAAGAGUAAAACUGGGAGGAAUGAGUUUGUGACAGUAGGAUUCUAUGAUGCAUCGCUGCCACUGGGCCAGGAGGUCCAUAUCAACAAGGACAUCACAUGGAUGGAGGGAAGUACACAAGUGCCUGUGUCAGUGUGCAGUGAGAGCUGUCGUCCAGGAACUCGUAAAGUGCUGCAGAAAGGAAAACCUGUUUGUUGCUAUGAUUGUACACCAUGUCCUGAUGGAGAAAUAAGCAAUGUUACAGAUUCUCCUGAUUGUUUCCCUUGUCCCAGUGAGUUUUGGCCAAAUGCAAAUAGAGACUCUUGUCUCCCCAAGCCUGUGGAGUUUCUCUCCUUCAAUGAGGUCUUAGGAAUCAUCCUGGUCUCAUUCUCAGUUGCUGGAGCCUGUUUGGCCAUUAUGACAGCGGCUGUGUUCUUCCGUCACAGGACAACCCCCAUCGUCAGGGCCAAUAACUCUGAGCUGAGCUUCCUGCUGCUCUUUUCACUCACUCUGUGUUUCUUAUGUUCAAUAACUUUCAUCGGGAAACCGUCUGAGUGGUCCUGUAUGCUGCGACACACAGCGUUUGGAAUCACCUUUGUGCUCUGCAUCUCAUGUGUCCUGGGAAAAACUAUUGUUGUCUUAAUGGCCUUUAAAGCUACACUUCCAGGCAGCAAUGUCAUGAAAUGGUUUGGUCCUCCUCAACAAAGAAUGACUGUAGUAUCUGUCACAUUUAUUCAGGUUUUGAUCUGUAUUAUUUGGUUGGUUGUCAGCCCUCCUUUUCCAAUGAAGAAUCUGACCACAUAUAAAGAGAGGAUCAUCUUGGAGUGUGCAUUAGGCUCUGCUAUAGGGUUCUGGGCUGUGCUCGGGUAUGUAGGACUACUGGCUGUCUUUUGCUUCGUGUUAGCUGUCCUGGCACGGAAACUUCCUGAUAAUUUUAAUGAGGCCAAGUUUAUCACCUUCAGCAUGCUCAUAUUCUGUGCAGUGUGGAUCACAUUUAUCCCAGCGUAUGUCAGCUCUCCUGGAAAAUAUACAGUUGCUGUUGAGAUAUUUGCCAUUCUGGCCUCCAGUUUUGGAUUAACACUGUGCAUUUUUGCCCCAAAGUGUUAUAUCAUACUGUUUAAGCCAGAGAAGAACACAAAGAAACAUUUAAUGAACAAAAGUCCUCUGUGA